GACGCGCGCCGACCGCGAACGGAGGCAGCACGCCGUCUGCUCUCGCAGGGAGGCCGCGCGCGGGCGGGGCUGCCAGGUGAGCCCGAGAUGCUGCUGCGCGCGAGGCCGGGGCUGCCGGUGCGCCCGCCGCUUCUGCUGCUGCUGGGGCCUCUCGGUCCCUUCCUGGCGGGCGCCUCGGCGGGACCCGUGCAGGCGGAGGAUGCGGCGGAGCUGGACUUCUCCACCGAGCCGCUGCUGCACCUGGUGAGUCCCGCCUUCCUGUCUGUCACCAUCGACGCCAACCUGGCCACCGACCCGCGGUUCCUCACCUUCCUGGGCUCUCCAAAGCUUCGUACUUUGGCCAAAGGUUUGUCUCCUGCAUACCUGAGAUUUGGUGGUACCAAGACAGACUUUCUAAUUUUUGAUCCCAAGAAGGAACCAACCUUUGAAGAGAGAAGUUACUGGCAAUCUCAAGUCAACCAGGAUAUUUGCAAAUCUGGAUCCAUCCCUUCUGAUGUGGAGAAGAGCUUACAGUUGGAAUGGCCCUUCCAGGAGCAAUUGCUACUUACAGAACAGUAUCAGAAAAAGUUCAAGAACAGCACCUACUCUAGAAGCUCAGUGGAUAUGCUGUAUACUUUUGCAAAUUGCUCAGGACUAGACUUGAUCUUUGGUAUAAAUGCAUUACUCCGAACAGCAGAUUUGCAGUGGAACAGUUCUAAUGCUCAGUUGCUCCUAGACUACUGCUCUUCCAAGAGUUACAACAUUUCUUGGGAACUAGGCAAUGAACCUAACAGUUUCCGGAAGAAGUCUGGUAUUUUCAUCGAUGGAUUUCAGUUAGGAAAAGAUUUUAUUGAAUUGCAUAAACUUCUAGGAAAAUCUGCUUUCAAAACUGCGAAGCUCUAUGGUCCUGAUGUUGGCCAGCCUCGAGGAAAGACUGUUGAGAUGCUGAGGAGCUUCCUGAAGGCGGGGGGAAAAGUGAUUGAUUCAGUUACAUGGCAUCAGUGGCUGGAUAAAUUGGGUCUGUCAGCCAGAAUGGGCAUAGAAGUGGUGAUGAGGCAAGUGUUCUUCGGAGCUGGAAACUAUCACUUAGUGGAUAAAAACUUCGAACCUUUACCUGACUAUUGGCUAUCUCUUCUGUUCAAGAAGCUGGUAGGCACUAAAGUAUUAAUGGCAAGUGUGAAAAGUCCAGAAAGAAGCAAACUUCGAGUAUACCUCCACUGCACAAACAUCAACCACCCAAGAUAUAAAGAAGGAGAUUUAACCCUGUAUGCCCUAAACCUCUAUAAUGUCACCAAGCGCUUACAGUUGCCAUAUUACUUAUUUGACAAACGAGUGGACAAAUACCUCAUAAAACCUUCAGGACCUGAUGGAUUACUUUCCAAAUCUGUCCAACUGAAUGGUCAAACUCUGAAGAUGGUGGAUGAUCAAACCCUGCCAGCUCUGACAGAAAAACCUCUCCGCCCAGGAAGUUCACUGGGCUUGCCAGCUUUCUCAUAUGGGUUUUUUGUGAUAAGAAAUGCCAAAGUUGCUGCUUGCAUCUGAGAGUGAAAGUCUUACACUAGCCUUGAGAUUGAAUUUUCCAAGCAUAUCAAUAAGAAGAAAACAAAGCUCAAGCUAUAGGAAGGCAAGCAGAUACAUCACAGAUCAACUACUGGGAACUUUAGAGACACUGGAACAUGCUGAGUGCUAGAUUUAGCACCACAUUUUGUUCUAAGUAGACCACUGCUAAUAAUACCUUGUGUCCAACACUAUGCGCAGUCUUGUGCAUGUGUGAUUUUUAUUUAAGUUAUUUGAAAGGUAUAUGAAUGCCCACAUUACAGCCCUGAGGCAAGAAAGGAAAGGAUACACAGAAAGUGCUUAGCUGUUUUUAUUUUUAAAAACAGCUAUUAGAAGAUUGUCAGAUUCUUUACUCUAUAUGCUGUCCCUAUGGGCUCCCCCUAGAAAAAGCUGUAAUUGACUAUAAAAGAGAGAGAGUCUCUCUGCACCUUACAGACAGCUAGAUUCAGAUGUUGCUCCUCUUCUCUCUGUUCUGUCUUUGUCAGCAGUGCUGUGUGAGAGGACAGAUGGUUAGAUGUGAUAGUAUAAAAAAUUAAUGACAAUUCCGAGGGAAGGGAUUAUGUAAACUUCAAAUGAAGUAAAAAAAAUUAAGUGAUUUACCAAGAGGAGAAAAUUUAAUUCAAUACAUUAUAACCAUAUAUUCAAGUUUACAUUUAAUUUACCUUUAGCUCUUUUAGUUGGGAAACUUUUGGCUGCAAAGAGCAGAAAACCCUGAUUCAUAUGGUUUAAACCAGGAGACAUUUAUAAUCCCACAUAACAAGAAGUUCAAGCAGAGUGGGCUCCACACCUCAGCAUGUCACCAAGGAACCAGCUUCUUUCCAUCUCUCUGCUCUGUCACCUUUAGCAUUGGCUCCAUUUCCAGCUCUGUUCUCAGGGUGGCUCAAUGGCUAUGGUUAUUCCAUGGACCCAUUCAAUCCCAGCAGAAGCUGGAGAAAGAUGAGCAACUUUUUCUGUCUCCUUCACAGACUUGAAGAGCCCUUUCUCGGAGGUUCUCUUGGCAAAUCUCUCCUCAUGCCUCCUCCCGUCUCACUGAUUGGGAAUGGGUUACCUGGCCAUUUCCCUGUCACUACCGUCAGUGAGACUCCUGUGAUGAUCUCCUACUGACCUUUUGGAAUGGAGAUGGUGUUGGGAAGCCUAUGGCACUAUGGUUCUGUGCUUUUAUCAGAGACAGAAUGUUUUAUUUUCUCCUGAAUCUUAAUUUUUUAGAACCAUAAUCCUCUUUAUGUCUAUGAAUUUGUCUCAAAUUUAAGUACACUUAUAAGGAGCUAAAGCUGGAACUUAAAGUUUUGAUUCCUCAGUACCCUAAAAUUUUAUACGCAAGUGGUUUUUAUAUUUUGGCAUUUGAAAUAAAGUAAUUUUUAUACCCUCAGUAUUACAUUAUUCUUCUUCUAAUAAAGCUUAAGCAUACAGGUGCUUACAUUUGGAGCCUGUUUUCCUCCACCACUUUGUUUACACGUCCUACUUGUACUUGUCCUUUCAGCCUCCCCCGUGCCAGAGCACUGACCUUGAGGGAAAGAGAUCAUCACGUUGCAGAAUGGUUUCCUUCCUCAUCAUGUAGAAAUGAUCAAAGUCCUGUCCUAUUGUUCUUUUCCCUGUCCCCUCUGCCCCUUAAAUUCAAGGCCUAAUUUCUCACUUAUAUUAUAAUAAUCUCAUUGUUCUCCCUGACUUUACUGAAAAUGCUUAAAUGGCUCCCCAUUUCUUAUAGGUACGUAAGGUCCUCCAGAACCUGGCACCCGCCUGUUUCUUCACCCCAAUAUUUGCUACUUUUCCCAUGAAUUCUGUCGCCAACCACUCGCUGGCUGAGAAGUCUGAACACACCUCCCUACCUUCUGUUUCUGUGCCUGUGGUGCUGCUCCUCCGGCCCUCCACCUGGACUGUGCUUCUACCUCUCCUCUCUAUGUGGCAAACUUUCACAUUUACCAAGACCCAGCUCAGACAUCAGUUUCAACACCCCCAUCAUGCAAGUAGCUUUCAUCGUAUGUCUUUGUUUCUAAAGAAGUUUGGAUAUUUUUACUAUGGCAAUUAUGAUGCAUUGUGAUUUUAUCCAAACAUCUUUCUAACUUGACAUCAAGCUCAUAAGAGGUAAAUAUCCUAAUCAUCUUGUAUUCCCUGUGCUUAGCAUAUUGUCUAUCACACAGUAGCCACUCAGAUGUUUCCUUAAUGACAGAAAAGAGGAUUUCAAAUUUAAAACUAGCUUAGGUAUUUUGAUUUUGAAUAUACAGAAAAACAAUGAUGAUGGAAGGUAUUGCCUUUUAUCUUUAAAAAAUCUUAAAUGAUCACUAGUGAGCUUGUCUAACAGCGGGGGGCUAUGCGAAGAACUGGGGACAUGGCUAUGUGAAAGAAAGGAACGCUCAGUCACACGUUAAUGAGUGUUAAAUGUAUUAAGUUUUUCUUCAGCUUCCUUAGAGGAAGCUCAUGCCUAGCAUGUCAAUUACUUUUUGAACCCACACCCUUUCACUGGUAUUUGAUCAAAUACAUUUAUUUCCUGCAACUUA